AUGAGCGACGCGACGGACCUAAUGCUCCGCGAAAUACUCGAAGAAUGCCGCGAUGGGGCCGACGGCAUCGGAUUCAACGAGGUCGUGGUCAUGCUGGAAAGCACGGCCGCAUCCGCCGAGGUCUACAUGGAUUUCGACGACUUGCGAUUCACCCCCGACGGGCGGAUCGUCACCCUCAUGGUGCCCGGCGGCACCCACAUGCACCUGGACAUGUCCAAAAUCCGCGAGGCGGAGUUCAUUCACACCACCAACGACCAGGGCCUCCCCUCGUACCAGCUGUGGAUGCGCGACGGCGAUGGCAAUCCGGCCAUGCGCGUCUACCUCCGCAAGUCGGAUGUCGAUGCCACCAACCCGCCGCGUCACAGCUUCUUCAUGGCCCUGCUGGACAAGUAUCCGAACAAAAUCGCCCUCCCUGCAGAGGCCUACGGGUCGGCCGGUGAGCACCCGUAG